UUGGUAAGAAGAAAAAAAGAAGAACAACAACAUCCAGGCAGGAACUCGGCGCGGGAGGGCAGAGCAAAGCAACAACAUGGCUAAAGAUUUGGGGCGAAAAUUGUUUUGUUGGUAAUUUCAUAAUAGAAAAAACUGAAGAGUGUCGGUACAUGUUAUAACAACACUUAAACAAAUAAGGACAUGACGAAAUGGACUUAAGGGUUUAAGUGAAUAAACCGAAGAAAGAAUGAACCGCAAGAAAGACAAGGGCUUUGAGAGCCCACGACCAUAUAAACUGACCCAUCAGGUUGUCUGCAUCAACAAUGUAAAUUUUCAGAGGAAGUCUGUCAUUGGUUAUGUGGAGCUGACCAUCUUUCCAACAGUGGUGAACCUGAACCGCAUUAAACUGAACAGCAAGCAAUGCCGAAUCUACAGGGUCAGAGUGAAUGAUCUUGAAGCUCCAUUCAUUUACAAUGACCCAACACUGGAGGUCUGCCAUCAUGAGUCUAAGCAGAGGAACCUGAACUAUUUCUCAAGUGCUUACACGGCAGCAGUUAGCGCUGUGGAUCCAGAUGCUGGAAAUGGGGAGCUUUCUAUUAAAGUUCCUUCUGAGCUCUGGAAGCAGGGGGAUGAGAUGAAAGUUAUGAAAGUGUACAUUGAAUUCUCAUUGGACCAGCCAAAAGGAGGCUUGCAUUUUGUAGUACCUGAUGUGGAAGGAAACAUGGCAGAAAGAGCAGCCCAUGUCUUCUCCUUCGGCAACCAAAACUCCUCGCGUUUCUGGUUUCCAUGUGUGGAUUCAUACUCUGAGCUGUGUACGUGGAAGCUGGAAUUUACAGUGGAUGCUUCCAUGGUGGCAGUCUCAUGUGGGGAUUUAGUAGAGACUGUUUACACCCAUGACAUGCGCAAGAAAACAUAUCACUACAUGCUGCCAAUUCCCACUGCGGCCCCGAACAUCUCAAUGGCUGUAGGACCCUUUGAGAUUCUUGUGGACCCCUACAUGCAUGAGGUGACUCAUUUUUGCCUGCCUCAGCUUCUGCCCCUUCUGAAGCACACCAUGUCCUACCUGCAUGAGAUUUUUGAGUUCUAUGAGGAGAUCCUCACCUGCCGCUAUCCUUAUUCUUGCUUUAAGACAGUCUUUGUGGAUGAGGCUUAUGUGCAGGUCUCAUCAUAUGCAUCAAUGAGUAUCUUCAGUACCAACUUGCUGCACAGUGGUUUGAUCAUAGAUCAGACUCCUAUGACCAGGAGCUUUCUGGCUCAAGCCCUGGCCCAGCAGUUUUUUGGCUGCUUCAUCUCUAGGAUGUCCUGGGCUGAUGAAUGGGUUUUGAAAGGAAUUUCAGGAUAUAUUUAUGGCCUCUAUCUGAAGAAGACCUUUGGAGUCAAUGAGUAUCGUCACUGGAUUAAGGAGGAACUGGACAAGAUUGUGGAGUAUGAGCUAAAAAUUGGCGGAGUCCUGCUACAUCCCACCUUCUCUGGAGGGAAAGAAAAAGACAAUCCAACACCCCACCUGCAUUUUUCCAUCAAACACCCACACACACUGUCCUGGGAAUAUUACAAGAUGUUCCAAUGCAAGGCCCACUUGGUCAUGAGGCUCAUCGAAAACAGAAUUAGCAUGGAGUUCAUGUUGCAGGUGUUCAACAAGCUCUUGAGUCUGGCCAGCACUGCCUCAUCCCAGAAGUAUCAGUCUCACAUGUGGAGCCAGAUGCUGGUGUCCACAUCUGGAUUCCUCAAAUCCAUUUCCAAUGUAUCAGGGAAAGACAUAGGACCACUCAUCAAGCAGUGGGUAGACCAGAGUGGAGUGGUCAAAUUUUUUGGAAGUUUUGCUUUUAACAGGAAAAGAAAUGUUUUGGAACUAGAGAUUCGCCAGGACUACACAUCAUCAGGCACACAGAAAUAUGUGGGCCCUAUAAAAGUGACAGUACAGGAAUUGGAUGGGUCAUUUAACCACACUUUGCAGAUUGAGGAGAACAGUCUCAAACAUGACAUUCCCUGCCACUCCAAAAGCAGAAGGAACAAGAAAAAGAAAAUCCCUUUGAUGAAUGGAGAAGAAGUUGAUAUGGACUUGUCAGCCAUGGAUGCUGACUCUCCUCUGCUGUGGAUCCGAAUUGAUCCAGACAUGUCAAUCCUGCGGAAGGUGGAGUUUGAACAGGCUGAUUUCAUGUGGCAGUACCAGCUGCGCUACGAGAGGGAUGUAGUGGCCCAGGAGGAGGCAAUAUUGGCUCUAGAAAAAUUUCCAACACCACCAUCACGACGUGCUCUUACAGAUAUCUUAGAACAAGACCAGUGCUUCUAUAAAGUCCGCAUGCAUGCCUGCUUCUGUCUGGCUAAGAUUGCAAAUUCCAUGGUAAGCACCUGGACUGGCCCCCCAGCCAUGAAGUCUCUCUUCACACGCAUGUUCUGCUGCAAAAGCUGCCCAAACAUCGUCAAGACCAACAACUUCAUCAGUUUUCAGAGCUACUUCCUGCAAAAGACUAUACCUGUGGCCAUGGCUCAGCUCAGAGAUGUUCAGAAUCUUUGUCCCAGGGAGGUCCUGAGCUUUAUACUGGACCUCAUUAAAUACAACGACAACCGGAAAAACAAGUUUUCUGACAAUUACUACCGGGCUGAACUGAUCGAUGCCCUGACAAAUUCACUGACUCCUGCUAUCAGCAUUAAUAAUGAGGUACGCACAGUGGACAGCUUGAAUGCAGAUGUUCGUCUGAUCUUGGAGGAAAUCACACGCUUUCUCAACAUGGAAAAACUUCUGCCAAGCUAUCGUAACACCAUAACUGUCAGUUGCUUGCGAGCCAUUCGGAUGCUACAGAAGAAUGGACACAUCCCCAGUGACCCCACCCUUUUUAAGUCCUACGCUGAGUAUGGCCACUUUGUGGAUGUGAGGAUUGCCGCGCUGGAGGCUGUAAUAGAUUAUACCAGAGUUGAUAGGAGUUCGAGUGAACUGCAGUGGCUUCUGGAUUUGGUACAGAAUGACCCAGUCCAUUACGUAAGGCAUGAGAUUCUCAGCAUGCUUGCCAAGAAUCCACCGUUUACAAAAGCAGCAGAUUCAUCAUUGUGUAACGAGGCUUUAGUAGACCAACUGUGGAAGCUGAUGAACUCGGGUACCUGCCAUGACUGGCGUUUGCGAUGUGAUGCCGUGAACCUGUACUACACUUUGUUUGGGCUUACUCGACCCUCCUGUCUGCCGCUGCCAGAGUUAGGUCUCGUACUGAACCUGAAGGAGAAAAAAGCUGUUCUCAACCCCACCAUCAAAUCUGAGCAGAUCCCUGGACUCCCUGAAAUGACCCCUAGCAUGACCUUCAUCAACACUCUGAAGGAAGAGCAUGUUGUCAUGGAUCCAGCAUUGAGUGGUGUAGCCAUGGCCCCACUGAGUUUAAAGAGGAAGGCAGAGACUCCAGUAGGUUCAGCCCCUGAGCCUGGACAAGUUUUACAAGAGGAGCCCAGUGCUAAAAUCACUCUGAAGAGCAGAUUUCCCACACAGGAAGAGGAAGACAUUGAUAUGGACACAGUUCAUGACAGCCAGGCAUUCAUUUACCACCACCUGAACAUGUUGGAGAGACCUUCAACCCCAGGAAAAGAACCAUCUUCAGUAGAGCAAGCAAUAUUGUCCAUGCCAGGAACACCCAUGCCCACGCUGAGCAAAGAGAGCACAUCCUCCAAACACGGAGAACACCACCACCACCACCAUCAUCAUCAUGAGCACAAGAAGAAGAAGAAGAAGCAUAAGCACAAGCAUAAACACAAACACAAGCAUGAAAGUAAAGAUAAAGACAGAGACUCUCACGCAUUUGUUAAUAGUCCUGCCAGUGGUCUUUCCAUUCGCUCUCCAUCUCUGUCUGACUAAAAGCAUUUUAAGCCUUUCUAUUAUUUUUCAGAAUUUGUGUUUGUUUUACACAUUAUUUUCAGUGCUUUGAUGGCUGGAUACUCUUUACACCCAAUAUGCACUAGGCCAGUGCUUCAAAAAGAAGUUCAAUUAAAAUUUUGUAUUGUUUAAAAUGAGUGACAACAUCCUUUAAAACUGUCCUUCUAAAGCUUGUUUUUAACCAUCUUUUUACCGUUUGUGUAAAUCUGAUGUGUACUGCAAGGAAAAUGUAUUCUACUUGUUUGAGGCCUCUUAACAGCACAUACAUUUACACAUACGCCAGUCGCCUCCUAUGAUCACUGAGGUUAACUACCUAUCCUGUCAUCUGGUGGUACUUUUCACCUUUAUCUCACUUUUACUGUAUGGGGGAACAUUUUACUUAAUCUUUACUGUUUCUUUGAAAUUUUAACUUAAAUCACUUUUACCCGCUUAGUCUUUUUUAGUUUAGCCUCAGUUUAGAUUUUUAUUUUAUUGUUGUAAAAUGACACUAUUGCAAUUUUAUCAUUCAGUAAUGCAAUUGAUAUGUGUUGUUUUUUUUUCUCAGCGAUGUUUUGUUUGCUCUUCAUUUGUAAAAAAAAUCAUAAAGAAAUUUGGAGUAGUAA